AUGUUCGAUCCACCAGCAGCGUUACUUCAGCCUUUUAUGCUGCAACCGCCGAGAGCGGCUACCCCUGCUUCGACAAGAUCCUCCACACCCUCUAUUACCCUUCCUUCACUAAAGCCUUCUCCGAUUACAAUCCCUUCGAGCCCGCGCCCACCGAUCGAGAUUCUGCCCAGGGGAAGCAGCAUUUCUCCGGCUUCUGAGUCACAUCUUACCCUUGAUGCCCAAACUGCGGUUAAGAUUGCCCGUGCAGCGCUUGCUGCCGUUCCGACUCUUACCCCUGCGAUGUCAGCUACCUCCCAGAGUACCAAUCAUACCAGCCACAACGUUGUCGUCCCUGGUCUUUGGAUGCCUUCAGUUCCAGAGCAGGCUUCAGCUGAGGUCCCAACACAGGCUUCGGUGACUGAAGAGGCACUGACUAAAGAAGAAACUCCAAAGAAGAAACGAAAGAAGCACGCAGCUUCCCAAGAGGAACCAGUGGAAGAGGAGCUUCUCAAGAAGAGGCAGAACACGGUCAUAGUUGCUCCAAAGGAACCGCCAGCUCAAGGGGAACCUCCAAAGAAAAAGUGUAACACCCACACCAUUGCCCCUAGGAACAUGCUGCAUUCAAGGAGCCCGUAUAACCUGCGCAGGAGAAAACAAUGUGCUGGUCAGGAAUAA